CAGUUGCCUUGCCGGCAACAAACAACUUGCGGGGACGCGACGCGAGCUUUCUGGUGUACGCCAUACAUGCCAAGAAAAAAGGGUGGGAAAAGAGAAGACAAUCCUUUUCUUCUCCCGGAGAUCUCUACCCAUGGCGAUCUUGGGAAGGAGGCGAGAGCGAGAGCUAGGCGUUGGAUGGCAUCGAUUUCCCUUAAGACUGACGAGACAUUCAUGGCGAAGACAGUUUCGCAUCCUUAUCAUUUGCCUUGCCCUCAUCGCUCUCCUCCCUCCCAUCUUCUUCCACUUCCGACUCAGGACCUUCCGUCAGGCACAAUUAAAGAAGUGCAGUUGGCUGAACAGUCCACCUCUUGUGUGCGCUCAUGGUGGUGACUUGUCUAAGGCCUUCGCCAACACAAUGGCUGCAUAUCAAGAUGCUCUUCGUUCCCAGGUAGACUGCAUUGAGAUUGAUGUUUCUCGGUCUUCAGAUGGUGUGUUGCUUGCUCUACACGACAGGGAUCUGCAUCGGAUAUCUGGUGAUAGAACUUCCAGAGUCGGUCACUUCAGCAUUAAAGAGAUAAAAGAACUUGAGAGUACCCAUCAGUCUUCACUGAAGUUUGCUGAUAGCAAAGUUCUCACUGCUGCGGAAGCUUUGAAGUCAGUAUCAAGAUCAGUUCGGCAGGUGAUUCUCGACGCCAAAGUUGGCCCUCCAGCAUAUGAGAGUGGACUAGCAAAAGAUAUCCUUUCUGCUGUUGAGAUGACGGAAUGCAACAAUUGCCUCUUGUGGGCUAAAAAUGAUGAUCUAGUCAGAGAAGUAAUUAAACUGUCAUCAAAUUUGACGGUAGGCUACAUUGUCAUGAAAGAUCCAUCCACUGGACUAAGAAGUAAUCUCUUGAGGGUGAAAGGAGCUGGAGUAGUUGGUGUUUUCCAUCCUUUGAUUGAUGAAAGGCUUAUGAGAACUCUUCACAGGGGAAAGAAGAAGGUAUACGCAUGGACCGUCGAUGAUUUGGAUUCCAUGCAGAAGAUGUUGUAUGAGCAUGUCGAUGCUAUUGUUACUAGUAAACCCACUGUACUUCAACAUUUGAUGCAAGAUAUCAGAACACAAUGUCUUGAAGAAGGUUAUUCUUUCUAAAUGGUUGUAGUAGCUGGAAGCUGCAUGACAUUUAGGACAAUGAGCCAUUCCUGUACUCGGUGAUAGAGCAUAGCUAGUAUAAUAAGUAAUAUAUGUCUCAAGUUAAACCCUUUUGGACACUUUGAAGGGGGGAAAUUGGUGCAAUUGGACGUGAAAAGAAGCUUUGCCACAUUGAUUUUGUAUAGUAAACUUGUACAGGCCGGAGAAAUGUGUUUUUAUUGAAGAUUGUUGAUAAUCUUUUUGCUGUAUUCUUUUGCUAUAUACAAUGGUUGUCUCUUGUGAACGACCGUAUAGAUUAGUUCCUAUUCAAAUAAGGUUGUCUCGUGCCUAACUUCCAUAGAUACCCUAACUCUGUGCGCCUUUAGCAUUUGUUCACAAUUGGAAUCAUUGGAAAGUAUUUGAAACUGCUGAAUUACUCUGA